AUGGAUCCUACCAAAGGCCAGUUGGAGUCGCCAAGCACACAUCACAAAAAAUGUGCAGUGUGUACCUACAUAGAAGAAGUUACUCAGGCGCUGACACACAAAAAUGUAAUUUAUAAAUAUAUUCAGUUCUCUGAUACUCCAGCUGCUAAACAAGCAGAGGUUAAGAUCAUCAAGGAUAAUUAUGUAACCAAGACGCACCUGGAAGAGCUAAAGAAAGAUAUAUCUUUCUUAAAAACAUCCACAUCACCAGCUCAUCAUCAUAGGGUAGGUAGAAGGUGCAGUGCCUUCUUGUUAGAUGUGGGUACUACGUUCGGCGACAGUGGGCCGAUGGGCUUGUCACACGAGUUAUCAACAGCUGAUGUACCGUUACAAACAACUGACGUACAGACAGAGACGGAAAAGACAGCUAUCGCACAAGUAGCUAGUCGUGCUCGUGAUAGUGUCGAUGCACUCGCACCUGUGUCAGAUAUGCAUAAGGAUGACCACUUUACAUCUGGAGGCGUGACUGCUUAUAACGGUGCGGAUGGGCGGCAAUCAUUCAGCGCAGGAGGCACUAAAGUAACUCCUAUUCCAAUGCACAACUCACAGAGUAAAAGCAGGAUGAAUGAUGACAAAACAAAUGUAGUGAAUAAGUCUACUAACAAUAAUAACGCAAUAAAAGAUACAUCUUGUGAUGUUAAAUUUCAGACUUCGCUAACUAUGGCCGAAAUAUUGAAAAAAGGUGAAGCUUGUAAAAAUGAAGAACCGCCAGAGGCCUGGAUAAAAGUUCAAAAGCGCAGAUUGCGUAACCGUUUUAUAGUUGUGCGGGGUGAAGUGGGGCUCGCGGUUGGUAUACUGUGCUUCAGUUGCGUCCAGGCAGACAGACUGACGACACGUGCGCGCGGCUCUUCGAGCUAUAACUACGGAAAAAUCUGUGACAAAAUGCGACAUUAUCGAUGCUCAAAAAUAAUUUCGAUGGUGCGAUCAACCAGUUCUUCCCAGGAGUCAAACCUGAACACCAAUUAUUAUGAGCUGCCUUUAUCUACUACGAACGAAAAUAACUCUUUGAAUAAUGCGGAUCUUCAUAACAGCUCAGACAGCAUCCUGGAUUUUGAUUCAGAUGAUUCAUUUUUUGAUAAAAAUUAUUUACCCUCAAGUUUAGAUCAGUCAAAAUGUUCAGAAGAUCCAGAUUCUUCUACAAAUACCAUACCCCAAUCACCGUCAAUUAACGUCACUAUUCCUGAGUCACCUGAAGUCUCAAGCGACGAAGAUACGCCACAAAAUUUCACAAAAAAGGGGACUAUCAGAAAACGUAAGAAGUAUGAUGAAUCACCGGCGCAGAGAAAACAAAUUAAAAAACUGAAAGAUAUGGAAUCUAAAUAUAAACUUAAGCCAGGGUGUAAUGAUGGAUGUAAAAAAAAAUGUCAUACACGGUUUACAGAAGAAGCACGACAAAACCUAAACCAUCACUUUAGAAACAUGUCUUGGAAAGAGCAACAGUAUUUCAUAAUAAAUAACACAUCCAAAGAAGAUCCUAAGAGAAAAACCGUUAAAGAAAACAGAAAACUGCCAAGAAACACUGCUUUCCACAAUGAAGAAGAAUACUCACUUGACUUUCUGAGAUUAAAAAAUAUAAAAUCUGGGAUACCACCUCCAAAACCAAAAAAUCAGUAUAGAGGCAUUAGUCAAGAGCGCAAGACAGCGAUCAUACAAAAACUGACUCCCUUAAUGCCAGACAACAGAAAAUCGUUUUGGUAUAAUCUACCUACUGAUAAAAAUAGUGUUGAUCUGACUCAAGUUGAUGAAGACUAA